AUGUUGUAUGUGCACAUGAUUUUGGCAAAAGAUGACAGUUUUGUGCUGAUUGAGAGUAUUUCUCAUUUUAGUUCUAUGGUUACAACUUACACCUGCUCUUGGCUGAGAAGGUAUUCUUCUCAGUUUGCUGAAGAACCUACAGAAAAAAUAAUGAGGAAACAUGAGAAUCAGGCUGAGAUGGAAAAGCUAACAAAGAUUGAUAGGAUUAGCAAUCUGCCGUGGGAUGUAUUGGAUACCAUCCUAGUGCGCUUACCUCUAAAAGAUGCUGCAAGGACUAGUAUCCUAUCCAGGAAGUGGAGAUAUAAGUGGACUGGCCUUUCACAGUUCAUUUUGAAUGAUAAAUGCAUCCACAAUUAUGUAUCAGACAAAGCAGCCAGAUGGAGAGAGAUCAGGAAAAUCAUUGAUCUGGUUCAAUCUAAUCACAAUGGCCCAAUAGAGAAGUUCAAGCUUGCAGCUUAUUGCUGUCCAAACUAUUCCGAUUUAGAGCAAUGGAUAAGUUUUUUAAUGGAGAAAGGUGUCAAGGAGUUAAUUAUCCGGGAGUUCAGUCUCGUUAAGCAUUUUAAGCUUCCAGCUUCUGUUUUCUGCUGUCCAAAACUCAGUCACUUGGAUCUUUAUGGUUGCAUAUUGAAGCUUCCUUCCUUGUUCAAAGGAUUUGAUUGCCUUAAAAUCCUUCAGCUCAGUCAUGUUUCCAUACUAAGCGAUACACUGGAACAUUUAAUCCGUAACUGCCCUGUUCUUGAGAAAUUGACAUUGUUAAACCUGGAUCAUCUGGCUUAUGUAAGGAUACAUAACUCAAACCUGACAUAUGUGAAAAUAGAUUCUGCAUUUGAAGAUAUCUGUCUGGGACAUAGCCCGCUUCUAGCCAGCGUUGACAUUCGUAUGUUACCUAUAGACGGAAGGAUCAUAUCUCAGCAGCCUGAGCAAGGGAAAGUUUGCACUCUAAUCAGAGUCUUUGGUUAUCUGCAUGGUAUAAACAGGCUAAGCUUUUCCAAUCAAUUUCUCGAGUUUCUUGCCAAUAACGAUGUGCCAGAAAGACUUCCUAGUCCAUUCUACAGCCUCUUGACCCUUGAACUAAAAGAAAUAAGAUUUACUAGUAUGAAAGGCAUCGCGGCUUCCAUUUCUAUACUCAGAAGCUCCCCAAAUUUGAAAGAUCUUCUUGUUACUGUUCACCCAUGUGAAGAUAUUUGCAAACCUGUCGUGGAUAUGAUGACAGGACAGUGCCAGAGUGAGUUUUAUUUCAACCAACUCAAAGUGGUGAAGAUUCGAGGGAUUAUUGGCACAAGAGCUGAGUGGGAAUUUCUAAAACUUUUACUUGCUCAUUCACCGGUGCUCGAGUCGAUGACUAUUGUAAAAUUCAGAGGUGAUAGAUUUUCUGAAUCAUUCUUGCAGGAAGUUGAGCGGGCUUCAAAACAUGUUAAGUUCAUUAAUUUUAGUGUUAAGGCUUGUAAACUAUUUAAGCUCAUCCACAGUUGUGAACAAGAGUUAAAGAUGAUUUCUAUGGAAGAACCUUUUCACCUGGAAAAGGGGAAGGCAAAGAUGGAUGAGCCUUUCUAUUGCAACAUUUCACCAAUAUGCCAGAAGUUUGGUAGGUGA